UGCUGCAAAGAUGUAUCUUAUUGAAACGACCAAGAGAUGGCGCUAUCUAGGUGUUGUGAUUGAGGCAUAGAAUGAUAAUAAAAUUAAGUAACAUCAUUACUAUGACAGAAGAUGUGACCGACUAAAGGAGUAUUUCGUAAGAUAAGACCGCAGCAGUUGUAACAACAGGAGGCAACAACAAUCAGUACCUUACCACCACCACCACCAACAACAACAACAAUUAUAAGUACUUUAAACCGGUUCCGUUAAUAUUCGAGUGUCAUAAAUGGCUCUCGUCUUAGGAUUACGAUAUGUCACAAAGGUGUGUUGUUUCAAUCCGGUGAUUAAACUCAGAGUCCGCUCAGUUUGGAAUAUGCAAGCCACAAAGUCUGGUCGAAUCCUGCUCUUCUUGGAAGAUAUAUUCCAUUUGAAGGAAGUUGGACCGUUAGCCAAUUCUGAGAGAAAAUGUAAAGCCUUUUGCACGUUCUAUGAGAAGCUGAUGCCCCAAGAGAAGAGUGUAUUUCUUCAGAUUCUAUCUCGAGAUUAUGGUAUAAAUCAGGAACUAGUGAUGAAAACAUCAAGGAACUUCAUAAGUUCCAAGACAUCUGAACUCAGUUUAUUGAAAGCUGGGGAAAUGCUGCGCAAUGCCCUCACUCCGCAGUACAAGCAACUGUUUGUCAAUAUUGGUCGUAUUGAAGGUGGCGUGAAAUUCCUGGUUGAUUUACGAGGGGAUGUUUUGCAUGAAAUGACAGUGACUGGUUUAAACCAAGACAGCCCCCAUCUACGGAUCUUGAACUAUUCGCUCCGAGAAUUACUGAGUCUCUGGUUUUCUGUGGGUUUAUUAAAUUUACAAAGAAUUACCUGGCAGUCACCAUGUGAUAUGGUACAGAAGAUCUCAGAGUACGAAGCUGUCCAUCCCAUUCGAAACUGGACCGACCUUAAACGCCGUGUUGGCUCCUACCGACGUUGUUUUGUAUUCAUUCACAAUGCUAUGCCAAGGGAGCCAGUUGUUGUGCUCCACACGGCUCUCACAGACACAAUCCCAUCAAGCAUUCAUUCUAUAAUUAAGUCAAACAUCCGUCGGAGCACAUCAGUCGAAACAGUUCCUCUGGAAGACGAUCCGGAGACGGAAUUAACUGAUGAUAUUUCAACCGCUGUAUUUUAUUCCAUCACAUCCACCCAAAAAGGUCUGCAAAGUGUUGACCUUGGAAAUUACUUGAUCAAACGAGUAGUCCGAGAGUUGCAAGCAGAAUUCCCACACAUGUCAGUUUUCACAAGUUUAUCUCCAGUUCCUGGUUUUAGAGAUUGGCUCCUCAAAGAAAUUACAAAGAAGAUUCAGCUCAUUCAUCUCGGAGAACAAAUGGACAUGUCCCUCUUUACCCCUGAAGAUAUAUAUAACCUGCGUGGUUACUUUGAUCUUAAUACUAUGGCAGGACUUGAAAAACUGAAGAAGACACUUCAGACAAAUUCCUGGUACCAGGAGGAGCAGUUGACCGUUUUAUUAAAGAACCCACUGAUGAGACUAUGUGCACAGUACCUGUAUGUGGAGAAGCGGAGAGGAUACGCUUUAAACCCCGUUGCAAAUUUCCAUUUAGGCAACGGUGCCGUCUUAUGGCGUCUCAACUGGUUGGCUGAUCUUUCUCCAAGGGGUCUCGGACAAUCUUGCAGCAUGAUGGUCAACUACAGAUAUUUCUUGGACGAGUCUGAGAAGAACAGCCUCAACUAUUUAGAAUGUCAACAGAUCCCAGCUUCCAGUCAAGUAACAGAUUUGGUGGCUGAUGUGAAGAAAGAUUUUUCCACAGACAAUGCUCCAGUUUAAGACACACACACCUACAUACAUUCAAUCACACACAGACACGUGUGUGUGUAUUUGAUGGAGAAUGUAACUUAAAGGUUCCUGAAGAACUCAACUACAUAACCAUAACCUUUCUAGGAUUACUGCUUUUAUAUAUAUGUAUAUAUAUAUAUAUACAUGCAUGUAUAUAUAUAUACAUGCAUGUAUAUAUGUGUGUAUAUGCAUACAUAAGUAAACAACAGGUUGUGCAGUGCAGUGUAUAUAUAUACAUACAUACAUAGAGAGAGAGUUGGUAUAUCUGAUGUAACAACCUUAUACUGUGGAUAAUAAAUUAACAAAGGUGUAUAGAAUCUGACUGA